GACGCGGUGACACGGGGGGGGGGAUCAGUCGCGUGCCCAGCUUAGUGUGUGCAGACCGCCGCAGCAGGAGCCGCGAUUGCGGCAGCGUAGCGACGAGCAGGUGUUUGAGUGUUUUAGCGUGGGGUUGUGUUUGCAGUGACAAUAACUUCUGGAAAAGUCAAUCUGUCAAUGCUUUCAGCACGGGCAGCUGCCCUGUCACUGAAGGGCAGAAGUUGUACAUACCUGCGCGCGCCCUCAGCGUCGCUGCCGCAGGGACUGAGGAGCGUGGCAACGUCAUUUUAAACACAGGCGUUGCGUCGUACCCUAAACUAAGGCUACGUGUCCUGACCCAUUUCAGUAGUGCUGUAGACAUGGCUUAUGGCAUUUAUUUGUGCUCGAUAAAUGUAUCUUCCCCAUGGGAGAAAUGCAGCAGCGGAAAGAAGAUGGUUAUGGCUGACACUCGUAAUAGUCACAGCACAGUUUGUGGUAUUUGGAGUUUUGCAAGUGAACUUGCAAUGCAGAACUGUCACUGUUUCUUGAAUUCUGCAUGUUGUUAAGCGGUUUGCAGGAACCUUAUACUAAUAAAAUAACAAGAGAAAAAUGACACUAAGGAAAGUGAACAUCUCCAUCCUUAUAGUGGCUGUUGUCAUAUUUUUGCUAGUUCUUCAUCAUAACUUCCUAGGCCUCAGUGACUUCUUGAAACGGGAAUUGUCAGAUUCAAAUCCAUUAGGACUUCAGCCUAUAGAUUUCAUACCUGCGGUUCCCCAGAGGCUGGCAGAUGAAAGGAAUGAUAAGGAGAUUUCUGUGGUCAUUGCAGCAUCAGAUGAGAGGCUUGGGGGUGCAAUUGCAGCCAUGAACAGUAUUUACCGUCACACCAGAUCCAACGUGGUUUUCCAUAUUGUUACUUUGAAUGAUACUGUGGAUCACUUGAGGCUGUGGCUAAGUAACACUGCUCUGAAAAAUUUGAGAUACCGAAUUUUGGAUUUUGACCCUCGUGUCUUAGAAGGGAAAGUACAAGUGGAUCCUCAAAAGGCAGACACCUUAAAACCAUUAACCUUUGCAAGAUUCUACUUGCCCAAUUUGGUACCUCAUGCAGAGAAGGCCAUCUAUGUGGAUGAUGACAUAAUAGUGCAAGAUGAUAUUCUUGAACUUUACAACACUCCAUUGAAACCUGGACAUGCAGCUGCAUUUUCAGAUGAUUGUGACUCGACCACUAAUAAAGUUGCUGUCCGUGGAGCAGGCAAUCAGUAUAAUUACAUUGGGUUUCUAGAUUACAAAAAAGAAACCAUCCGAAAGCUUGCCAUGAAAGCCAGCACCUGCUCUUUCAAUCCAGGCGUUUUUGUUGCCAAUUUGACAGAAUGGAAAUUACAGAACAUCACAAAGCAAUUGGAGAAGUGGAUGGCACUUAAUGUAGCAGAAGAACUUUACAGUAGGACUUUGGCUGGCAGCAUUACGACACCUCCACUGCUAAUUGUAUUUUACAAGCAACAUUCCAGUAUUGAUCCCAUGUGGAAUGUCCGGCAUCUUGGGUCCAGUGCUGGAAAAAGGUACUCUCCUCAGUUUGUGAAAGCUGCCAAGCUGCUCCAUUGGAAUGGACAUUUCAAACCAUGGGGAAGAACAGCUUCAUAUGCUGAGGUCUGGGAGAAGUGGUAUGUCCCUGACCCUACAGGCAAGUUCAGCCUGAUCCGCAGACAUUCAGAAGCCUAUGAAGCAAAGUAGAGUCAAUCUUAACAACUGAUGGCAUUUUCUCAGGAAACUUCCGGAGCCAAACAGAAUUAUUUUUAGCCAACUUGUAUUAGAGAGCAGUCCUUGCCUUCUGGAGCACAAGGCGAUGCACUUAUUCAGGUGCAGUUCUGAAAGGCACAGGUGCAACAGAGACACUUCACUUGUGUGAUGGAAGAUGCUACUCCAGCAGCACUACAGAAAGCAAGGGAGGAUCUCCACAAACUAGUAGCACUUUCUUUAGUUCAUUUCUGUCUGUUGUGUUGUCUUCUGCUCUUUACUACAAAUCUUCUAGAGGAGGAUCGUUUUGUCAGUUACAGAAAGAAAGUUUCUAAGAACAAGAUACAACUUUGGCUGGUGCUUGCACCAUGCAAAUCUUGCACAGCAAUGUACUGUAAUGAAGAGCUGCUUGGGUUUUGUUUGUUUUGUUUUCUUAUCCUGUGACAUAGUUUCAUCAACAACCCUUUCUUGCAUGAACUCUCCCAACCAUUUCUGUGUAAGUCUUUCUUGCAGAAUUCUGCAAAAUUGAAUCUUGUUUUUUGAAAGAUGAUUCAAGUAUUAUUUCACUAUGCAAAAAGGUUUUAACUGCCAGUGAACACUAAAACAUUUUUUUGUAAAGUGAGAAAACCGUUCAAAAAUAAAAACUAAUUUUAACACGUUGAUUUAAGCCUUGGGUAAAUGACAGUAUGAUUCGAGUCUUGAUCUGAUGUACGAAGUGUGUUUCCUUUAUACUUAAAUACAGUAGCAAGUAAUUGAAACUGAA